ACGGGUGAGCGGAUAAGUCGUGUUGCUGCGCGCUGGUCUGGUGUCUGGGGCGUGGGCUGCGACGAAGUCGUAUUCGAAAGAACGUUUUUCUUUCCGUUUUCUAAACUUCUGAACCAUUGUCAAAAUGACUCGAGGAAUAGGAAAGUCGCGAGAAGAAACACUUAUUGAAAUGAGUGAGACCGGUUCUCCUAGUGAGGAGGAGAACAACGGCUUAUAUCGACAGUUGGACAGUGGUUCGCCUCCACAUGACAAGUCCUCAGCAAGUCUUUGUUCAGAGUACUCAGGCUCAUUGUCCAAGAACUCCAGUCUCUCCUCUGUGUGUGAUCAGUGUGAAAAAGAGCACACUGAACCUUUUCAGCACCUUUCCAGUUUUUCAGGGAUCUGGAGGAAAAGAGCCCUGUUUCUAAAGUAUCGCUCCAGGGUGGAUAAACAGCAUCAGAGUAAAGACUCUGUAUAUUUCCGAGACGGUCUCCGGCGGAUAGACUUCAUCCUCUCAUAUGUUGAAGAUAAAGAUGGAGAGAGAAAAGAGGAGAGAAGGAAGAUCUAUGAGGCUAACCUAAAGAAUGUGGGACUCCAGCUGGAGCUUGAAGACAAAUCGGAGUCUGAGGAUGGAAAGACAUAUUUUCUUAAGAUCCACACUCCAUGGGACGUGCUAGCCACCUACGCUGAUGUACUGAAGAUUAAAGUGCCCUUUAAAGUCAAUGAUGUCCCAGACAACCACGAGGCUCCAGCUUCCUGGCUCUUCACUCCGUUGCGCUUGCCUGAUCAUGUCAUGCACCCUGAGCCAGAUUACUUCACCUCACCUUUUGACAAGAGCAAGACUGACUUUUUCCUCAUUGAUGAUAAGGAGACAUUUUUCCCUCCCUCUACACGCAACAGGAUAGUCUACUACAUCCUGUCCCGAUGUACCUACAACAAGGAUGACAAACUCAAUAAAGACAAGCGGGGCAUUAAGCGUCUGCUGAACAAUGGAACCUACACUUCUGCCUUCCCUCUGCAUGACUGCAGGUACUGGACCAGGUCUCGGGACUCUAGCUGUGAGAGUGAGAGAUAUAGCCUGUAUCGCUACUGGGCCCGGUUCCUCCGUUUCUACAAGGAGCAGCCACUCAAUCUCAUCCGGAGAUAUUAUGGAGAGAAGAUCGGUAUCUAUUUUGCUUGGCUGGGCUUCUACACGGAGAUGCUCUUCUAUGCUGCUGUGGUGGGAUUAGCCUGCUUCAUCUAUGGAGCUGCCACGUACCAUGACGCCGUCUGGACUAAAGAGAUCUGUGAUGAAAACAUAGGUGGAAACAUUGUCAUGUGUCCACUCUGUGAUAAAAAAUGUGGCUAUUGGAAACUGAACAGUACCUGCAAUUCCACUUGGCAAUCACACCUCUUUGACAACACAGCAACAGUAUUCUUUGCUAUAUUUAUGGGUAUAUGGGUGACCCUGUUCCUGGAGUUCUGGAAAAGGCGGCAGGCCAGGCUGGAGUAUGAGUGGGACCUCGUGGACUUUGAGGAGGAACAGCAGCGUCUGCAACUCCGGCCUGAGUACGAGACUAAAUGCACCAGCAAACGCCUCAACCGUGUCACCCAGGAGAUGGAGCCUUACUUACCUGUAACAAGUAAGCUUGCUCGCUCCUGCCUGUCCGGGGCCACCGUCUUGUUCUGGAUCUCUUUAAUCAUAGCGAGUAUCAUUGGAGUGAUAGCCUACCGGCUGGCCGUGUUCGCUGCGCUGGCCAGCUUCAUGAAGGACAGCCCCACCAACAAGCUGGAGGUGGUGGGCUCACUCAUCACCCCACAGCUAGCCACCUCUGUCACGGCCUCUUGCAUCAACUUCAUCAUCAUCAUGAUACUCAAUUUCUUAUAUGAGCGUGUGGCCAUUUGGAUCACAGACAUGGAAAUCCCUAAAACUCACGUGGAAUAUGAGAACAAGCUGACUGUCAAGAUGUUCCUCUUCCAGUUUGUUAACUACUAUUCCUCCUGCUUCUAUGUGGCCUUUUUUAAGGGGAAGUUUGUGGGCUACCCCGGAAAAUAUGCAUACAUGUUCAAUGAAUGGAGUGGCCUGAGAAAUGAAGAGUGUGACCCUGGUGGCUGUCUAAUUGAGCUGACCACUCAGCUGGUGAUAGUGAUGGCUGGUAAACAAGUGUGGGGGAACAUUCAGGAGGCCCUGGUUCCUUGGCUUCAGAACUGGUGGAAAAGCAGGAGUGCUCGCAGUCACCCUGAGAGUCUGUACAGCCGUUGGGAGCAGGACUAUGAUCUGCAGAACUUUAGCCAGUUUGGCCUUUUCUAUGAGUAUUUGGAAAUGGUGAUCCAGUUUGGGUUCAUCACACUGUUUGUUGCCUCCUUUCCACUGGCUCCUCUUUUGGCUCUGAUGAAUAAUAUUCUGGAGGUGCGUGUGGAUGCAUGGAAGUUGACCACCCAGUUCCGCAGGCCUGUAGCUGCGAAAGCCCACAGCAUUGGAGCCUGGGAUGAGAUCCUCAACAUGAUCGCCAUAUUUUCUGUAGUUACCAAUGCUUUCAUUGUGGCAUUUACCUCCGACAUGAUUCCUCGGUUGGUGUAUCUUUACGCAUAUCACCCAGGCACUGAGCUCACUAUGAAAGGCUAUAUCAACAAUAGCCUGUCCAUCUUCAACAUCUCAGAGAUCCCUUUUAAAAACUCCCCUGAUCCCAGUGAAAACCCUCCUUGGUUCAGCAGCUCUGUUACCACAUGCAGGUAUCGUGAUUACCGCUACCCUCCAGGCCAUGAGCAUGAGUACUCCCACACCAUGCAGUUCUGGCACAUCCUGGCAGCCAAAAUGGCCUUCAUUAUCAUCAUGGAGCACGUGGUGUUUGUGGUGAAGUUCUUUGUGGCUUGGAUAAUCCCGGAUGUGCCAUCGGACGUGAAGGCUCGUGUGAAGCGGGAGCGUUACCUCAUCCAGGAGUACCUGCACAACUAUGAGGUGGAGAAGCUGAAACUGCAGCUGAGUCAGAGCGGAGACCAGUGCAUCUGUCCAGAAAUAGCCUCCACUGUGAAACAUGAAGUGCUGUCAGAGUGCCUGACCUAGCCCAGGCUGCACCACACCUCCCUUUACAGUUGUGACAGUGGACGUGGCCUAUUUUACGCCCUUAACUCAGCUAUGGUCACAGACUGAUCUUGCCCUGACAGCUCCAAAUUCAAGUAAUGCUCAAACACAAUGUGAAAGUACUAACCUAGAACCUUAGACGCAUAUUGAUUUGGACAUAGAAGGAACUGUUUUUUGUUUUUGUGUUGUUUUUUGUUUGAUUGUUUUUUUUGGGGGGGGGGCAGGGGGGGGGUAUCCUGUUCUUUCUGUGCUUACUCCAUCCAAGUUAAUUUUUACUUUGUUUAGACGCGUCCCAUUUUAUUUUUAGAACAGUCUUUUACAGUGGUUUUAUUUGGACAUGAAAGUUAAAGUGAUAACCUAAAUGAGCAAUCUCACUGAGGAGUUUGAUAUGUAACACACAACAUAUUUUAUUUUUGACCUGUAGAUCCAGCCAUACUUUUCGGGGGGGGGGGGGUUAUUGUCUUCUUCUUCAAUCUGCCCAAGUUCUUCUUAAUUUAAUGUACCUCCACUUUUAUUCUGGUUUGUUGCGACAGUCUUUGUUGCUUACUUUUCUACUUGUGAGUAAUCUGUCUCUUCUGGAUAUAGGUACAGUUAGAACCAUUAUGCAACCAAAGACAAAAUGCCUUAAAUACCACAUUUGUCCCUAGCUUGUAAAAGAAAAAAUUGCAUCAGUAGAUACCUGGAAGGGUAAGACUUCUUAAUUAAGAAAUUAAGAAAAAUAAAUGUAAUAUAUACAUGGUGACUAGGACAAACUUUUAUUUAUUUUUUGCAAGCUUGUGUAUCUUUCUUUGUAAAUACAUUAUACGUAUAACAGGGAAAAACAACUGUAUGAUCUCAAAUAAUUAGCACUAAAACAUGAUAUUUUCAACAUCAAGCUGCCAAACAUUUCCCACAUCACUACAAAAAGUGCCCUUUUAUAAGACAGCUUUAAUUUUCUGUAAAGCUUACAGUAGAUCGUUGCCAAAUAAGUGCAGAUGCAUCACGUCUUAAGUGCACUGUGUCUGUAGCCAGGUGAUGCUGGCAGUGCAUUCACACUUUUUUUUAAAGCGAAGACAUUUCAUCUGAUGAUGGUUGAAGGCAAUCAGCACCUCAAACCCUGCAAAUCCAGCCAUAUCUUAAUAUUCAGAGCCAAAGUGUUAGCAGAAUGAAGGGCAAGCAGCAUGUAAAUUAUGACUGAAAGGGUAAGAAGACCACACUAAUGGCUUUUAAUGUGCCUUUGUUUAUGUACACAUUUAUUCCAGCUCUAAUCAUGGUGACUCUGUGAGUAUAUUUGUUUUUCUCUCACUUUAUUUAGCUUUUGUUCAUUUACGGGUCAGGGGAAUAAAAAUUGUGUAACUUUUGUUUUGCACAAAGCACUUAAUGAAUAGGGGGUUUGUUCACUGAAUAUGUCAGGGCAAUUAAUGUAUUUACACUACAGUAUCAGUGUUAUAAUAUAUGAAAUUAAGAUGGCAUGUAUCAGUGUGUAUCAAAAGAGAUCAGUUCAUAUGAAUUAGUGCAAAAACUUUGCCAAGUCAAUCCUGUCUUUAAUUUUCAGGUUUCCUUUAAAGCAAUAUAGCACAGUAAAAUCGCAAAGUGAGUGUGACAGAAUACUUGUGCUAACAGUUAUGGUGAGUCAGGUUUACUAUGAAGGAAGAUGGCAGUUCACAAGGGUGUUUCCUUUGAAAAUCUAGACAAAUCAUUGCUGUUCAUUGGAUGGAUGAAGUUAUUUGUGACUUGAAUUCUACAGACUUUUUAUGCGCUUAUUGCUUUUUCAUUUUAUUCUUAGAUAUUUCAUUUUGCCUUUGAUUAUAAAGGAAAUAUGACAAAUUAUUUAAGGAGUUCUUGUUUCCAGCAUGU